AUGGCUUCCCUGUUGCGCCAAGCGAUCCAAUCGACGUCGAGGACGUCAACGCAGGCCGUGCGCUCCUUCUCGAGUGCCCGAGUCGCUCGAUCGGACGCAUUGAUGGUCGUACGCCCGACUCGACUCUCUUGAUGAUCGGAGGAGGCGCGGAGUGGAUAGCAUAGCUUACUGAAUUUAUGUUUGCUUCCUGUUUGAACAGCACCGUAACUCUUCGCACAACAAUCCUUCCGUACGUACCGAGUCUUUUAUCUCGGUGGGAUGAGGGAGCUCCUUGGCUUCUCCCCAUGCAUCAUCCGUGUCCGCCGUGUCCGCCGUGUCAACCCAGUACGACUAACCCUUCUCAUCAACCACUUCCUUUAAACCACCACAGAUUCCCUUCUCCCUCACGGCGGAGAACCAAAAAGUCGCCGACAAGAUUAUCGCCAAGUACCCCUCUCAAUACAAGAAGGCCGCCGUGAUUCCUUUGCUCGAGUUGGCGCAGAUCCAGAACAAGAACUUUACGAGCAUCUCGGUCAUGAAUGAGGUUGCGAGGAUCUUGGAGAUGCCGCCUAUGAGGGUUUAUGAGGUCGCUUCGUUUUAUACCAUGUUCAACCGGUGCGUUGAAGCGGAGGAGAUGGGGUUUGUGAGAACGGGCGGCGUCUAGCCGAAGAUUCAGACUGAUCACAAUCUCUCUUACUUCAACCCUCACUCCACAGAGAACCCGUCGGAGAUCACUUCGUCCAAGUGUGCACGACCACGCCCUGCAUGCUGGGCGGAGCAGGCUCGGACGUGAUCGUUGAAGCGAUCCAAAAACACCUCGGUAUCGGAUUGGGUCAAACGACCAAAGACAACAAGUUCACUUUCAUCGAGGUCGAAUGCUUGGGCGCUUGUUCGAAUGCGCCUAUGGUGCAGAUCAAUGAUAAGUUUUAUGUACGUUCAAAAGAGACGAUUCAGGAGAGAUGGGCUGAACGAGCUGGACUCGGUCCCUUGCUUCCCAAAACAACUUCUUUCUGACUCAUGUGAUCCCCCUUCGCAUUUGACAGGAGGACCUGACCCCCGAAUCGAUCGUCUCGGUGCUCAAGGACCUCUCGGCCGGUAAAGAACCCAAGACGGGCCCGCAGUCCAAGAGGAAAGGCAGCGAACCGGACGGACCGUUGACCGCCAUGAUAGGGGAGGUGAGUUUGUUUUGCGCACAGGCGCGGUCUCAAGAGGCAAGCGAACGAAGGACGGAAAACUGAUGGCAAUUCGUGAUGUCCGUGGCUCUGAUACGUACAGCCACCAAAGCCCGCGGAUAUCUUCGCGCCUGAAUGGCGUUGA